UUCACACAUAAGUGUUUGACUAUUGUUGCGCUUACUUUUUGCUAACUCGCAUCACUCAUAAAAUAAUCUGAAGUUCUCAGUUCAUCAUUGCAUUAUUGCGAUUGAUUAGUUUUGUUGGAUAAAAAGUGCAAAAAUGGCUCUUGUGUCGAUUUAUGCGGAAGGCUUAACGCCUGAUAUGGAAAUAAAAUUAGUAAGUGAACUUGGUGAAACACCUCUUGUAAGGAAGAAUUCUUUAGAAAAAAUAAAACAACUCAUAGCAAAGGAACAAGAUUUCUACCCUUUCAUGGAAGACCAAUUUCUACUGCUAUUUCUCCGAAACAAGAAGCAUAAUGUCGAAAGAGCUUUCAAAACAUUACGAAAUUAUUAUUUCUUUAAGGAGAAGCAUUCUGGUGUUUUUACUAAUUUUCUGCCUUCUGAUCAUAAAAAGGUCAUAGAAAUGAACUGUUACUCACCAAUGCCUUUUAUUGACUCCUAUGGUAGGGGUAUUGUCCUUUGUCAACUAGGUCGAUUUAAAUGGCAAGAAAGUUCCGUCGAUGCUCUUAUGGCAUUUGCUGUGGAUUUGGGAAUGGUAUUUCGUGACUGUGAAGCAUUUUCUGUAUGUGGGGCUGUGCUUAUCUACGAUUUUAAGGAUUUUUCUCAGGAAAACUUACUUAAAUUUAUCGGUGUCAAGUAUUUAAUCUUAGCCUUCAGUUGCUUAAAGGAUUGCUUACCUUACUCCGUCAAAGAAAUACAUGUGGUAAAUCAACCAAGUUUUUAUCAGCAUUUCCACAAUGUCAUAAAGUAUGCUUUACCUGAAAAGAUAAGAGGAAGGUUAAAACGGGAAGAAGUACCUACAGAAGCUCUCAGAAAAGUAACAACUACUACAAAAGCGGCUACACCUACUACUACUACAGAAGCUAUUACAACUUCUACAACAGAGCCUGUUACAACGUCUACUACUGAGGAGGCUGCUAAUACUACUACUACUGCUGUUGCUACUACUACUACUAUUGCUACUACUACUACUGAUGUUACAACUACCACUACUACAACAAAAGCACCAGACCAAAAACCUUUCGAAUGCAAACCACCAAAGGCAGCAGAAGGAGAUGUGGACUGUCAGAACAACAUGUUACUUUUAAGAGCCAUGGGAUCGAGAAGCCCAUUCUUCAAGGAUGCUCUAGCUGCCACUUGUACGAAUAUGAAACAACAGGUUUACCAAGACGAAGAGACUGUCAUCCAGUUCUUCUCACCUAACGGCGGACUCACAAUAAAUGCCCAGUGUCCGAAUGAUGAUGAUGUUGUAGUGAAAUUUAAAGUUUGCGUCAGAGAUUUUCGCAUACCGGCUAUCACUCUGCACUGCAACCCUGUCAAGGAGAAGGUGAAACUGAAGGAAAUUCAUAACGUGACCAGCGAUGAAACGCAGCACACACUGGCAGACUGCGGAGAAAACGGGGCGAUUCAAAAAAUGUUCUUCGAAGACACAGGUGGAGAAGCUCGCUCCACGAGAGUUAUCUUCACUUGCGUAGGGCUUGAAGUAGAAGAUGAUGGCUUACCCGUUGGAAUGUAAUUUAUAUCGAUUUUGAAAUAAAAAUAACUACUCCCGA